UAUUAAGCCCGUCCUCCCCAUUUAAGGUGCCACCAGCCGCCUGUAAUGUAGAGAUAUGUACAAUAACUGCAACAACAAAAUAAUAUUUGGAUAUUUAAUACCGUUUCGAUAUUACAUUAAAUGUGAUGCCCAUGGUUAAAACACAGCUAUGCUCUUGGUGCAAUGAAAUGUUGAGUCCAGAGCUACAGUAAGCAUUCUCUGAAGCCAUAUGAUGCAUUGCCUUUGUUAUAAGUUCAUGACAUAUUAAAUGAUGUAUUAGGCCUAUACAACAUCCUGUGAUUUUGACAUGAUAUAUCCUACAUACCGGUACUCUGCUUUUCCGUACCAUAACAAUGGGGGCCGGGGCAAAAUGUUGGGCUCUAUGGACAAAAGCAGAGAGGCUAGGUUGUUCACAAGCUCCACCCUAGAAUUCCUUUAAAGAUGUUUUUUACAAGCCCAUAUAAACCAUAUGGGGUUGAGAGAGGUGGGUCUAAAAACAAUCUUUAACUCAAAUAUGACCCAACAAUGUUUAUAUUACUGUGGGGUGUUGAAUAUUCAAUGUGAUUUUGGAUUUAGUUGAAUGUUUGUUAUAUAUUUUUAUGCUUUAGGCAACCUGAGGCCUCUGAAGUUCACAAUGGUCUCAUGCAGUAUUUGAAAACAGAAGUGUCAAAAUAAAUCUAACAUGUGCCAAACAUGUAUUAGCUACAUAGUAAUAUAUCUACUAGAGGUAGCAAUAAGUAGAGACGUUUUGUAACAGAUAUAAUAUGAAUGUUACUAAGGUAUGAUACAAUGUUCAUUUUACGCCUGCUUUGUUAGGUUAAAUACGAUGUGACAAUGGUGUAGCUUGAAAUGCACAUCAUUAAGGUGGUAAAAUAGAGCAAGACGUUUUACUGAAUUUGAAAAGCAAGACAUUGUGAUUUUAAUAGCUGACAAACUACUCUAACUGACAAAAAACGAGAGCAUUCAUCGGCCAACUCUAAAAGCUUUUAGAUAUCCUGUAAAAAAUAAUAAACAUAAAAGUAUGUCAAAACAUAUGGGGAAAACUCAGGAGUCCCCUCAUUCAGCACUAGUUCUGCGUUCAAAACAUCUGGGAACUCGGAAAAAUACGAGGUUAAAUCAUGACGUCAGUGAUAUUCAGGUCGGAAAUUCGGAGCUCUAGAAAGAGUCCCGAGCUGGAAUUCUGAAAUUCUGACCGUUCAAAUCGAUUAAUCUCAGUCGAAGCUAGUUUUUUUCCGAGUUCCCAGUUGUUUUAAACGCAUUGAAGUCAGAGAUCUCCGAGUUCCGAGCUCCCAGUUGUAAUGAACGCGGCAUAAGACCUUUCACCUAGUUUUCAGACUUGCAGUUCAUCGGGUUCUUUCUGACACCGAUGACCCCUUUGCACGCCCACCAACAGCCACGCACCCUAUUUCCUCCAAUCGUCCGGCCACCAUGCACUGAUCACGCGUCGUCUCACCUGCUAUUGGCUAAGGUCUCACACACAUUUGUUUUUCAUUGGUGGCAUGUUGCCACCCGCCUGUGUGUUGUGAAUUUUGUUUUCCUUUUUUUAUCCUGAUGUUUUACACAGCUGAGAGAGGACGUAGUGAAAACGAAUUGAACAGCCAGUCUCUACUGAUCGGGCGGAGCGGCACCGCUUCUUUUGUUCCAUAUCCGGUUGACGCUAAACUUAAUUCAAAUAUACCUAAACAAUGCCGUCACAAAAAUGUUCAGAAAUUGAAGUCUCAUAUGGGCACUCUAACGGCCACACUGUGACAACCUCGCAGCAACUGGCACUUGACAUUAAGCUAAUGACUGGUGAAUGGGAUGGUGAUGGACUAUUGUGGCUCCUAUCUGAAGAGGAAGAGGCACUACAGUGAGCAGUCGUCCCCAGGCUGCAGUCUGGAGUACACAGACCUGGAGGCUGCAGAGGCUCUGGUCUGCAUGAGCUCUUGGGGCCAACACCGCCCCAACCCCUGCAAACCCAGACCCCUUACCCCCGCCUCAGACUCCUGUGACUCCCUCUUGCCUCCGGACCCACCGGAGCCCCCCAAGGACUUUGUCUCGCUCUCCUCCCUGUGUAUGACACCUCCUCACAGCCCAAGCUUUGCUGAAACCUCCACCAGCGCUGCCAUCCACACAAGCACCUCUCCUCUGAGCCGGCCCAGCUCCAGCCUUUCUGUAAGGGUCUGUGGGGUCCCACGUCCGCCCAUGGCCUCCAUUGCUGAGUCCCCAACCACUGGAAAGACUCCACCACCGGCACCCUGCCGAGCCAUGGUAACCAGCGUUAUCCGCCACACCGCAGACACACAGCCCUGCGAGCAAAUUCCAGCACCCCCCACCGAGCAACAGAGGAUCUCAGAGCUGGUGGUCCAUCAACAGCACACAGUAAAGACUGAACAGAGCAGCAAACCUCCCUUCACACCCAACCUCGCCCUCAUCUCUUCCUGUAGGGAACAGCCAGUCAAGACUGAGAAGGAAGAGCCAAAGGCUAUCCACUGUAAGGAGAGCCCGUCCCCUCCUCCUGCUAACGCCCAAUCACAAAACAGCCUGCCCACACGCCUCUCCCCGCCCCAUACCUCCAUUCCUCCAAUCAUCUGCCAGAUGUUCCCGGUGAGCAGCCAAUCAGGGAUGAUCUCAGCGUUCAUCCAGGGCCCGAUGCAGACAUCCAGGACCCCCACAUCCAUCCUGCCCCAGUCUGGCCCUCUAGGGGCCCUCCAGCAGCCCUUCCUCAUGGGCCAGGCUAUGCCCCAGGGCACGGUGAUGCUGGUUCUCCCCCAGUCCCACAUGUCUCAGGCACCCCACUGCUCCCCACAGACUGUCAUGACCCUGGGCCACACCAAGCUGCUACCUCUGGCCCCCGCCCCGGUUUACGUGCCUGCCGGACCCUGCAGCGCCACCAAGAUGGACUUCUCCCGCCGGAGGAACUAUGUGUGCAACUUCCCCGGCUGCAGGAAGACUUACUUCAAGAGCUCCCACCUCAAGGCACACCUCCGAACACACACAGGUGAGAAGCCCUUCAGUUGCAGUUGGGAGGGCUGCGACAAGAAGUUUGCGCGCUCCGACGAGCUCUCGCGUCACCGGCGGACCCACACGGGCGAGAAGAAGUUUGUGUGUCCCGUGUGCGAACGACGCUUUAUGCGCAGCGACCACCUGACCAAACAUGCCCGCCGUCACAUGACCACCAAGAAGACCCCCUCCUGGCAGGCCGAGGUGCGCAGCCCCAACAAAAAGUCCUCUCCCAAGCCGCUGCCGUCAAACCCUGCCUCCCUCUCCCUCAGUAUGCUGGUACCUGCCUUAAACUAGACUCUGCCCAACACUACCCACUAGUGACUUCUUACCCAAAACCCCCAAACCAUGAUAUGGAUAGGGGGGCAGCCAAGCACACAAGGCUGCCAUUUAACUCAUAGAGAAUGUCUGAAGACACAUUUUUUCUUCUACUGCUCAUUUGUACAUUUUGGUUUUGCAAAAGGAAUUGUUUUUUUUAACUUUUCAGAUAUUUUACACAAUUGUAUGUAUGCACUCUUUUGCCAAAGCCUUUGUAAUGAAGUUUGUCUUAUACAUUUCACCUGUCUUCUUUGUAUGUAUAUUUGUACAUAAUAUCUAUGUGAAUGUAUUGUGUUGUAUCGUAUUUCAAACUACAUUUGUUAAUUUGGGAAAAUGACUUAAUUGUGUAAAACAAUCUACGUGGAUAGUAAUCUAUACUGUGAUAAUUAUUUACUGACUUUUCAUAUUAUUUAAUACACAUUUGUAAUAAAGACAUAUUAUUAA